AUGUCCACCACCACAACCACCUCCCUCGCUCCCCUGAGCUCAUCCUGCACCGGUGUUUUCAACACUCCCAACCAGGACAAUGUCUGCGCCAUGAUCUACAAGGGCAACGCCACGGAUAUCAUGUCCAAGUGCUGUGGUGACGCCCAGCUCGUCGCCUACCAGAACGACUGCGGCGUCUACUGUGUCGCCAUCGACCAGACCAUUGUCGAGCUCGGCGACUGCCUCUUCGCCAACGGCGCCCCCGACGCCAACGUCUUCUGCAGCGGCAACAAGACCACCACCAAGACCGAGGACGCAAAGGUCCCUGCCUCCGCCCAGGCGAGCGUGAUUGACGCCGACGACGAUGACAAGGACGAUGACGACGAGACCGCUUCUGCCACUGGCACCAGCACCAAGACCAGCUCCAGCUCAUCCGCCUCCGAGACCUCAAGCGAGACUGGCAACGCUGCUGCUGGCGUCGCUCCCAAGUCCACCUUCAACACUGUCGGCCUUGCCAUCGGUGCUCUGCUCUUCUCCUCCAUCGCUGCCGGUGCCUUCCAGCUCUAA